AUGAGCAGAGGCUGCCCCUCUUUUGCUGCAGCAUGGGAGGAUCUAACACAAAUCCUAGCAGCACAAGUGUUUGCUGCUGGCGAGGCUUACAGCCCUCUCCCUUUAUCGAGUGCAGGCUCAGCAACAGCAGCAGCAGCAGCAGCAGCAGCAGCUGCAGCAGCAGCAGCAGCAACUGCUGCUGCUGCUGCUGCAGAGGGCGUUGCAGCGGCCCAGGGGACCAAUGCUGAUGCUGCAGCAGCUGCUGCAGAUAAAGACUGCAGCAAACACAAUAGAGGGAACCUACACCAACAGCAGCAGCAGCAGCAGCAGCAGCAGCAGCAGCAGGAUAUGCAGACCGAUAUGCAGAUCGCUUGCGAUCAGGACAUUCCCCAUACUGACGCCAGCAGCAGCAGCAGCAGCAGCAGCAGAAGCGGGGUUACAGCUCUACAGCAGCAGCAGCAGCAGCAACAGCAGCAGCAGCAGCAGCAGCAGCAGCAGUACUUGCCUGGGGGAGACGGCGACUGGAGCCAAUGCGUUAUAUCAGCAGCAGCAGAAGCAGCAGCAGCAGCAAUAGCAGCAGAAGCAGAAGCAGCAGAAGCAGCAACUGCAGCAGAAGCAGCAGAUCUCAUCAGCCCCGUUGCAGCUGGAGGCCAAAGCCAUCCUACGGCCCUGGCGAAGUGUGCGCACCCAUCUCGUUUGGACUUUGUGUUGGAGUUUGCUCGUCUUUUGUGUCAACAAAACGACAAAGAAGGAAUACAACGCCUCGCAGAACACUGUCAGAGUAUGGCCCCCACCUCAUUCAGUACAUUUCAGGUGUAUGCGCAGCUCGCGCGUCUUAAUGGGGCCCUAGAAGAGGCUGUAGAGGUUUUGCAUGCAGCCACAGCUAUAAACCCAACGGCUGGUGAGGGUUGGACGCAGUUGGGUUCGGCGUAUUUAGAAAUGGGGGAUUUACUAUCAGCAGCAAAAGCUUUUGCUGCUGCAGCAGCAGCAGCACCAGCAGCAGCAGCAGCACAUCUAGGGGGGGGCCAGACACAGGCGCUGCUGCAUAACUGGGCUGCAGCAGAACGCCUCUACGCUACAGCUGUCAAAUGCAGGCCUGACCUGGCGACGACUUGGUGGCAUCUAGGGACGGCAGAGAAACACAGAAACAAAACCUCCGCCGCUUUUAAAAGCUUUGAAAGGAGGCUGCGUGCGGAUGGCCAGAAGGGUCCCUUAACUGCUGCAGUGUGGGCCGAGCGUUUGUUAGAGAGGUAA